AUGUGUUUGCGUGACAGCGGUAUCUUUCAAAUAUGACAUUGACCGUGUUAUUUGAGGUCCGCAGGUGCACAGCUGCGAAACAGCUGUGAAUAGGGAACACGCGUAACGGACCGAAUCAGACCGAACCAUCAACAUGGGUUUUGCAGUGAAACGUCAACCGGUCUCAUCAUAUUAUCAUUCGUUUUACAACUAGGAACUUAUAAAUGACAGGAAAUAAUGACGCUCUCGAAUUUACACGCUAUACGACUUCUCAUUUUCUGGAUGAUCCUCAUUGUAGCACGCUUCGCAUUUUGCGCUGAGGAUACACAAGUGCUUGAUAUCGCUGAAAGCCCCGCCAGGAACACGGCCACAUCGCCACACCCUAAUCUUUUGAAGGAAAUGCAAAAUAUCCAAGACCAACAAAAGUCUGCACAAAUUACUAAGGAUGAGAAAUCAAAAGGUAAUGGAACCUUAAAAUCUGGGAAGAAUCUAAACAAUGUCAGCACAUUGAUAGCUACCAGUACUAUGUCUCCGAGCUUGCCAAGCCUGGAUCGUUCUGCAUCUUUGAACUCUGGUGCCCUGCUGCGUGGUUUUUUAGUGUUUGUAGGUCUCAGCAUUGUGGUGAUGGCUUACAUCGUGUUUCGUAGUCUCAGAUUAAGUAAAACGCGACCUCAGAUGAUACGGAAGUAUGGUAUCCUUGCACACAGACAGGAUGUUGAGAUGAGACUAUUGCCCUUGGAAGAGGAAGAUGAUGAUGAUACAACUGUUUUCGAUGCAACCAGCAUUUCUACCCAAAAUGCUCAUCAGGAGAACCUCUAGAACAAAUUUCUCCAUAUAUUUCCUAUGGCAUUGAAAGCAUCUUAAAAUAUUGGAAAUUGAAAAUAGGUGUUCCAUAUUUGACAUAAGAAAUUCAUGAGACUGAGUGUAUCAUUUGAGGUAUGUCUUGUCGAUGAAUUAAGCAAAGAAUAUCAAGUAAUUUCUAACGGCUCUAAUAGAUGCCAUGCCUUAUUGGCAUUAUAAACUAUAUAAUAUGAGAAUCGUAAAAAAGAAGCACUUGUAAAGUGUACUUUUGCGUUUCGAUACCUGCAUUCUAGUGUGAUUGCGCUAAAAUGAUGAAAGCGUCCAAUAUUUUCCUCAGAGUUCCUUACAAGAUAUUUUGUGAUUCAACGGACACGAGUUACACACAGUUUAACUAAUAUAAGGGCUCUUGUUAUCUUUCGAAUUAUGCAAAUACAAAAGGUCUAUAUUUUAUUUAAUGCUGUGCAUUGAUAUAAAUCGCCUAUAAUAUAAUAAUUUUUUUCUUAU